AUCUGUGACAGCAUGGCCUUUUCACUUGCCUGUCCACUUGCAGUUAUAUCUCCCACCUUCACAUUAGCACCCACCCCAGCACCACACAUUUAAUAAUAAUAAACAUGUCACAGACACCGAAGCAGCGAAAAGCAAAUGAGAAGUACGCAAAGAACGAGGCUGCAAAACGAGGGAAGGGCCAGGUACCAGUCAAGCAAAAACAAAGUGCAAAGUCUUCUUUGCCCACUGGCUGGCUAGCUGUUCUCGUCUUCGUUAUAUGUGGUGGGCUUGCAUUCGAACUUUUAGGUGUCAUUCCAAAGCUAUGGUCGGCAACGUUUGGUCGGUUCAUGGACUAGUGUUUCGUCGGUUAACAACAUCUAUGCGGGAAUGGCAUAUCGCCAUAUGAAAUGUUGGGAUUGUUUAUCGGUAUCCAGCAUGCAUCCUGCUGAGUGGUUCUCAUACUGCCAUGUA